CGUCCGCGCUGUCCACAAACAGGCACGGAGCAUCAUCACAUGCCGCUGUACCUGCUCUCCUCCAACAUGGACCAGUGUUUGGCCCUGACGUCAGCCGUUACCGCCCUGCCUGCAGUAUCGUUGCCCACAGAUGAUGAUGGUGGUGAUGGAGACGGGAGAAGCGGCCUCGCCGUGAAUCUCAUUCGGAGGCGGAAUUAAGGCGCACGAAGCGGACAAGUAUUUAAACAAACAAAAAAAAGGACAACAAACUUUCAGAUGGAGAAACGGGAACGUCCGCUUCACGCGUUUGGCGCAGGGAGAGAUGCACCGCAGCAGCCAAACGCCAGGGAGCGGCGCGCUGUGUCGCUUCGGUCGGGGGUUCCUCAGUUUGGCAGCGCGCCCGUGGAGUCGAUUUAGGGAAGACGUUCACUUGGUUCAUAUCUCCGACCCACCGGUUCUCAACGUCAGCGCGGAUUCGAUGGCCGGGGUCAGAAGAAAUACCUUUAAAAGGGUGGAGCUGCGGUUCGUUUAAUAAUAAAUGAUGAGGAAUUCCGCUCGUCACUCUCAGCCUAAUUGCGAGUAGUGGAUUUGAUGUUUAUGUGUGCCUGACACUGAUACCCGAGCCCCCUCAGCGCCGUGCUUUCUUUUUCCUUUUCCAGCACCCUAACAAAGAAACGGGUGAUGAUAUGUCACCAUUUGAAAUGACGAUGGCUGCUGGCGGGUGCGGGACUACCCCUGGCAUUCACGUAAAGCGCCCUGAUAGCGGCUCUCCGCGGAGGCAGUUUAUGCAAUCCGACGCAGUGUUGCAAGUGGGCCGAUGAUUUGAUGCUGUACUCUGCUGUCUCCUAAUGAUAUGAUCCCAAGAACUGCCAGGCCUUUACGUUUCAGUGAAAUAUGCUCAGGCCUCCCGUAAAGCACCACAGAGCGAGGGAGCUGUCAGUGCGCGGGCACGGGGUGUUUCUCUGAAAAGUGGGGGCCCUCUCUGUAAUUAAGGUGUGAAAUCGGAGAGGCAGAGAGAGAAAAAAAGCAAUCAUGUCGAAAGUUGUGAGUAACAAGGAGAAGAAAUCCUUCAGCAAAAAGCUGUUCCGGAGGAGCUCGGUGCGCUCCGUGGGGAGCUUUAUGAGCAGAGUUCUCCGGACUCUCUCGACUCUGUCUCAUUUUGGCACCGACGAGCAGGCCGCCGAGGAUGAGACCGACGAGGCAACUUUGCUCCCCAACACCACUGGGGGGUCACUCCCGUCGGAUGACAGCGACUGCGGGGGUUUCCCCUUUGGGGAUAAGGUGCCCGGUGUCGCCGGGCUCAAGAACCACGGCAACACCUGCUUCAUGAACGCUAUCUUGCAGUGCCUGAGCAACACAGAGCUCUUUGCUGAGUACCUUGCUUUGGAGCAGUUCAAAGGUGGAGAGACGACAAGCAACAACGAAAAGGCCAAGUCCAACGGGGUGCUGAUGCAGAAAAAAGGGGGAGGCCAGCAGCAGCCGGAGACAGGGGAGGUAACCGAGCAGCUGUCCGGACUGGUUCGGGCUCUGUGGACCUUCGAGUACACUCCUCAGCACAGCAGAGACUUUAAGAAUGUAGUGUCAAAGAGUGCCCUUCAAUUCAAGGGCAACUCCCAGCACGAUGCCCAAGAAUUCCUCCUCUGGUUGCUUGAUAGAGUUCAUGAAGACCUCAACCAAAUUGUCCCCCUGGACAGCAGACUCCCCAGGAAGCCUCCAGUAGAAGAAGAAACUGUCCCUGAAGGAUCUCCACUACCAGCACCUGGCUCUUUUGUACAGGAGCUGUUUCAGGCACAAUACAGAUCCUCCCUGACUUGCCCUCACUGCCAGAAACAGAGCAACACCUUUGAUCCUUUCCUCUGCAUCUCACUGCCAAUCCCGGUACCUCACACAAGGCCCCUGUAUGUGACAGUGGUGUAUCAAGGAAAGUGCUCCCACUGUAUGAGAGUCGGGGUGGCGGUGCCCCUCUCUGGCACCGUGUCCAGGUUGAGACAAGCUGUGGCCCAAGAGACUAAAAUACCUGCCCAACAGAUUGUUCUCACUGAAAUGUACUACGAUGGCUUCCAUCGCUCCUUCUGCGACGAUGACGACGACCUCGAGAUCAUUCAGGAGAGCGACUCCAUCUUUGCUUUCGAGACACCCGAGCUGUUCAGACCGGAGCAGAUCCGCUCCAAGCGAUGUGGAAGCCCACAUGCCAAUCUCAAUCAGAACAACUUGAAGUAUGGGACAGAUAAUAACAGGAUGGCCACACAAAUACAAGAGCCUACAACACCACCUCAGAGUCCCAAUAAGAACAGCGGGCAGGCUGAGAAGAUCGUCCUGCUGGUGUGCAACAGAGCCUGCGCUGGACAGCAAGGACGCAGGUUCGGUAAUCCAUUUAUUCUAUAUUUGGAGCGUACAGUGACCUGGGACGUACUACAGAAAGAGAUUUUGGAGAAAAUGAGGCAUGUUCUGCGCCCUGGAGUCUUUGUACAGGUGGGGCCCUUCACUUUGCGUGUGGUAGGAGUGGUUGGAAUCACAUAUCUCUUGCCUCAGGAGGAGCAGCCGCUCUGCCAUCCCUCUGUGGAGAGAGCAUACAAGUCCUGUGGUCCCGGAGGACCCCCUCAUGUCAAAAUCGUUGUUGAGUGGGACAAGGAGACGAAAGACUAUCUGUUCAAAAGAACUGAGGACGAGUACAUCCCCGAUGCUGAAAGUGUGCGGCAAGCGAAGGAGCAGCAUCUGCAGCCUCAGACCUGCUCACUCGCCCAGUGCUUUCAACUCUACACCAAAGAGGAACAGCUUGCUCCUGAUGAUGCAUGGCGCUGUCCACACUGUAAGCAGCUUCAGCAAGGCAGCAUCAAACUCAGCCUGUGGACCCUGCCAGACAUCCUCAUACUUCACCUGAAACGCUUCAGACAGGACGGGGAUCGGCGAAUGAAGAUGCAGAACAUGGUGAAGUUCCCGCUUACGGGCAUGGACAUGGCACCUCAUAUGGUAAAGAGAAGCCAGAGCAGCUGGAGUCUGCCCUCCCACUGGUCGCCAUGGAGACGGCCGUACGGGAUGGGUCGUGAUCCAGAGGACUACCUUUAUGACCUGUAUGCGGUGUGUAACCAUCAUGGGACCAUGCAGGGAGGACAUUACACAGCUCACUGUAAGAACUCCAUCGAUGGGCAGUGGUACUGCUUUGAUGAUAGCGAUGUUCAUCCCAUAUCUGAAGAUGAGGUCUGCAAGCAGACUGCUUACAUCUUGUUUUAUCAACGACGUGCAACUAUCCCGUCCUGGUCUGCCAACAGUUCUGUGGGAGGUUCCACCAGUUCCUCGUUGUGUGAGCACUGGAUUAGUCGGCUGAUAGGAAGUCGUCCACCAAGCCAAGCCUCUUCUGGGUCCUCCAGACGCACCUCGCUGGCCUCUCUUUCUGAGUCUGCUGAGUUUGCUGGUGAACGGAGUGAAGAUGAUGGUUUAUCUUCCAGACCAGCAGUGAGAGGCAUGCAAAGGCAAACUUUCUCCUCAAGAUCUUCCAUCGCAAGUCCCUUAGCACUGAGUGAAAACGGUGCUAAACCAUCCUGGCCCCACUCUGCUAAGCUCCAGCUUCGUUCCAACUCUCCCUCACGCUUCUCCCUGGAGUCCCACUCCUCCUCCCCAGUACUGGAAAGGAUAGGAGAGGUAGUUGAUACCAAGCAGUCUACCUCCUGCUUCACUGGGUCACCGAAGUUAGAUAAACUGUCAGGGGGCAAGUCGGCUAUUGGUGCUUUGGAGAGUAAUGGAGGCGCUAAAAGGCUGAUAGAGCAGGUGCACUCGAAAGCUGUGCUGCAGGCAGAUCAGAGGAGCUCCAUCCAGGCAGGAGAUAACAACAAUUUACUGGCUGGGGCUGAACAGGUCAGUCCAAGACAUGGUGCAGCUGCAAAGGAGGUGAAACCAAGGACUGUGGCCGUGGACAGCAGCGGUGUCAAAAGGUCCUCUGCCAAGACUGGGCUGGAGAGCGAAAAGAGCCCAAAGAAGCGCGCUGCCACCUCCUCGACGUCAUCCAGCUCUCUCUCUCCUGCAUCUCCGGCCAUUGAUAAGUCACAGUCUCGAACACAAUCCAAAAGCGCAGCGGCACCAUCAACGCCAAAAGACAAAAGCGAUGGAAGCACUAAAAUUUGCAAGGGCAGCUCCUCCAGAACAGCAACCCCCUCUAAAAAAGGAUCAUCCCAAACCACGGAGGUAUUACAUCCUGAGUUGGCUGCACAGAAAAAGAGUGGAUCUCCCGGAUUACAAAACUCACACCCUCAGAGGAGGACAUCACCCAGAGGGGUUAGUGAGAAAAGCUCCGCUUCAGGAAGGAACAGAGCAGCAGACAGGAGCACUAGCCGUGAAUCGUCACGGACCAAUACGGCGUUAGAGAAGAAAGUUAGCCAUGGAGGUCCUCCCUCCAGGCUGAGCGCUGCUAGUAGAGCUGAGGGCAGGCCAGGCAAGGCUAUGGAAGACAGAGCAGCAGCCCGGAGCUCAAGCAGUAGCUCCUCCAUUACUAGUCUCCGAUCCUCAAGUGUAGGUGUUUCCUCUUUAAAUACAGCUCCACCGCUAAGAGGCCCCCAGAGGAGCAGUAAGACAGAGGACAAAGGUUUGUCCUUCUUUAAAACUGCUCUGAGGCCUAAAGAGACCCGGAAACCAAGUGAUAGCGGCAAAGCAGGGGCAGGAGAGGGGAAAGGAAGUCCAGAGGAGAGUGGUGGGAGCGCAUCUAGAGAAGGAGUCCCGCACGGAGCGAGCAAAAAAACAUUGUGCGUGGCCUCGGAGUCCAACGCGAGCACAGCCAAAGACAAGGAGUCCUCUAAGGCAUCAAGUUCCGCCAAGCACUCACUGCUGCCCUCCACAAAAUCAAAGCUUUCUGGAGCAGAAACAGCAGCUCAGUCUCCUGCCACUGCAAAGGACCCUUCAAAGAAAGAGCCGGCUAAAAAGACAUUACAGUCCAGAAAGAUCCCCAUCAACUCCACACAAACUAGCCAGAAAUCCAAGUGAUGUUACUCCGAGGGUCUGAAAAACAAUCUCUCUAAAGUGCAGCUCUGAGGUGUUUUUCUGUUUCUUUUUAACCAUCAAACCAGACACAAAGCAUGUCUGGCAAAACAACUUUGAAGCACCUGUAGCUUUUCAGUGGUCACUGAAUACCAGCUGCCAUAUUGGACACCUCUUGCCCACAUUGUUAAAUAGUUAUUUAGGAAUGGAUUUUAACAGAAGCACUUUGUAUGGAUUGCAUUGAUUUUCAGGCGUAUUAUACUGUGUUGUAAAUAAGCAUGGGCGUGUGUUUAAAUUAUUGCCUUGUUCUGUCUGUAGCAUCGUCGGGAGAAGAGCAGCUCAUAGCGAGAAUAAAAGUCACUUUGCACAAGUUGGAAAGUGGAUGCGGAAAGGAGAAAGGAACUUUUCAAACACGGACUCACUCAGUCACCAAAGGAAGUUUACUGGCAAUUUUUAACAUGCUGAUGCAGCAAAUUAUUUUCAAGAGAAGAUCUUUACGUACAGCUCUCCUCCAGUAUCGAGAGCCAUUAUGUCAACGACAAACAUCAGUGCCUCAGAUAAUCGCAGAGAAGUAUUUAAUCGAAAGUUGUGUAACUGCAGGUGUUGGUAAAUUUGUAACUCGAUUUUAAUAUUUAUCAAGCACUGAAAAUGUCAUUUCAAGUAAAACACAAUAACGCCUGUUUAGUGCGAACCGCUGUUUACAUGUGCUCUUUUUUGACGUAGUAAUUCUGCAAUAGCCUUUAAAAAAACAAACAGAAAAAAACAAAGUUUUUCUUCUUUUUUUAUUCGACCACAUUCUGACUGUCGCCAAGAAGCUGAGGAGUGAAACGUGCGUCAUCAGUGUCUAACGUCUGGAGAUCCUCGGUCCACCAUGGUUCUUAACAUUUGUGUUUAUUAACCUGUAAUAACCCCUCAAAACCACCCCUGCCCUCCAGCUGCUGACGCCAACACUUAACUGCGGUGCCCAGGUUCCCUUGUGGGGAAUCGAGCCUCUUCAGACUGCCAGACGUCUCCAAACAUUCCUCCCAGACGAACACAGGGUUAAUGUACAAAAAAAAACCGCAUAAACAACAUGCUCAAAGACAGCCUGUCCUCUGUCUUCACAUGCCACAUCACAGCUUGUGCGCAUCUUAGCUUGCAAUACAGAGUAGUACUCCACAGAACGCACUGACUGUAGACCCGAGAAAAAGAGAUCACUAUUCCUGAAGUAUGUGACAGUUGUUGCAUGAUAAAUUGCUUAUGCAUGCACUUAACUAUGCAAGCAGAUUCUUGUAAAUGCCCACACUGAGUAUGUAGAAGUGCCACUCUUGUUGGAUGUGUAUUUAUU